AACAUUUACAACCGGAUAACAACCAGAACACGCCAAUAAACGUAACGAGAGAAAAAGCAGAUAUUUCACGCACUAACAUAAUAAGACGAGAUAACCAGUAAGACAAAUGCUCCUGCAAAAAUAUGUAAUAUUAAUGGUGAUAUUAGCAGUAAAGUUAACAAAACAAUUAUUAUGAAACAAGCAGAAAAAUCAGAUAAAACCUUCAACAAAUGAAAUUUCAUAAUCCAUUCUCCUCCGGUCAAUCUUCGUCACAGAAGCUUUCGCCACCUUUGGAACAAAAUCUUCAACAAAUAGAAACCACCCAAGUUACACCGCCAUCCAUGAAUCAUUCAGAUUCUAAUACUGAGACAAGGUCGAAUUUAGACAAGAAUUUUAUGGAUAAAUCUAUUCCAACUUCGUUCAAAAAAUUUUUAUUUUGGCCUACACCUAAGGAAAAUAUUGCUAAGCGUAAAUUGAUAAAGGAUAAGGUACCUGCCGUAGCAACUUCAUGUCAGUGGCAACAAUAUUACAAGAAACAAGAAGAAAAGAAAAAACAAGAAGAGCAGCUAAAAAUGCAGCGGAAAGAAAAGCGCAUCUAAAAGAAAGAAUUGGAAAACUAAAAGAAAAAAAAGUUGCUCUUUCACAAACUUUGAAUAAAAUAAUUUUUAAUCGCAGGACAAAGACUAAAUUGAAGAAUGUCACGAAGGAUUUAUUUUCCACACAAAAAAUGCAAGACAGUAAAAGUAUGUUAAUUAGCGAACCUUCAACAUCUAAACCUUUACAGAGGUAACAAGAAUAGGUUAUGUUAUUUUGAGCUUAACAAGAAACUCAAAAUAACAGAAGAAACUAAAUUGCCAUUAUAAGUUCUUCCAUUGAUCAUUUGGUUUCUUCCAUUGCCAUUUUGGUUUCUUCUGUUACCAUUAGCAACAGAAGAAACAAAGGUAGCACCAGAAGAAACACAUGUAGCGACAGAGAGGAGACCAAAGAUGUGCCAGGGAAAACUAAAGUUGCAACCGAAGAAACUGAAGUAGCAACAGAGAAAACAAAGGUAGGGUCAGAAGAAAUGAAAAUAACUACUCAAGAAAUAAAUUUAGCAACAGUUGAAAGUGAACCAUAAGUAAACAGUAGAAUCAUCAAAAAUGAAAACCGAAGAACUCCAAAAAAUCGAACCAAUAAAAAAACCAAGCUUAGAUACCGAAACCAAACCUGAAUCUAUAGGUGAGUAAAAAGAAACAGUAGUAGAUAUUGUUGUUAAAAAGUUAGAACCAAAAGUAGUUGAAAAUGAUGAAGAAAUUGAGGCAACAUAAAAAAGCCCGAAGAUAAAGAUUCAACAGUGAUUGAGAUGGGAAAUAAAAGUGACUUAGC